UAACAAAUUACAGUUUGUCUGAAACUCCAAACAAUGCAUGACCUUUAUCUGUUGAGGUAAGUGUGUGGCAAACAGUUGCUUUAAUGUUGAAGAAUAUGAAACUCAAUUUGUUUGACUGUAAAUCACGGUAUAUUUAAUCCAUACCAGGUGGUAACAAUAUAUUAUAUUGUACAGACAUUUUUAAACGAUAUGAGUUGUGAGGUAUGGUUGCAAUAUGAAAUCACCCUCUGGCAAACGGUUUGCAUUUAUGUUAAGCUUCACACUUACACACGUGAAUUUCACCACAUGUUACUGAUGUUGAACAGUAUGACAAAUUGUUGCAUGCAUCGGUAUAUGUGAGUGAAUGAAAACUAGCCGAUGAGAUGCUUGCCGUGGCAAUUUCCAUAACAAAGAAGUCUGUGCAAGCAGCGAAAACAAACGCGAUUUGGUUUUUGUUUUCGAUUUCGUCAAUAAAAAUCCUGUUUCGCAGAGAAUCGGUCAUCGUUUCCAAGGCGGCCGUCAACGUCUUGUUAGCCAUAGUAAACAACGCUUUUUAUCCGGAGGAGUUUACGUCGUCGGAAUUAGCUGCUAGCUGUCCAACCCGACGGCAUUGCUACGCCGGUCAUGGAACAUGCAUUCCCAUCAUUAGUCGUGUCCCCAGCACUGUUUGUCCAUCCACGGCAUGUCCUGGAGCGGUUUCGGAGUUCAUCCCUAACGCGGUAGUGCUUCCAUCGCUGGUAUCAUCACAGUGCAAAUCAACCCACCAUAGAUUCGCGUUGGCCCAGCUCAAACUCUUCCAGAAGAAUCCCGGAUGCUUUUCUGCUAAGUGCUAA